UGCAUUCAUUUCAAGACAACUACGUGGGGAAAUUGGGUGUCCGGCGAUUGACUGAAGACUUAUUAUUAUUAUUACUCUUUAUAAAAGAAUGCUGUCUGAUGUAGGCCACAGAAUCUUAUUGCUGACUAUUUACAUCACCACAUUCCUGACUGGCCUUCCGGCCAACACAGUGGCCUUUUACUCCUUAAUAAAAAAGAUGAAUCAGAAAGCCACUCCAAUCGAUAUCCUACUCUUCAACCUAACUAUCUCGGACCUCAUUUUUUUGCUUGUCCUACCCUGCAGGAUGAAAGAAGCAAUCGACAACAUGAAAUGGAAAAUGCCUGGCUUCCUCUGUCAUUUGACAAGCUUCAUUUUCUACACCACCAUCUACAACAGCACCUUCUUUCUAACUGCCAUCAGUGUUGAACGUUAUCUGGGAGUGGCUUUCCCGAUCAAGUACAAACUCAAAAGACGGCCUUUGUACGCCGUGAUGGUUAGCGUCUUCUUCUGGACGAUUUCUAUGUCACACAGCAGUGUUGUCUACAUCAUACAAAGCUAUAACAACUCCAACACAACCGAGACCGAACAGUACAAAUGUUAUGAUAAUUUUAACACAGAGCAGAAGGAAAUCCUAUUGCCCGUUCGUUUGGAGCUCUUUCUGGUUCUAUUCUGUGUUCCCCUACUCAUCUGCUGCUUCUGCUACAUCAACUUCAUAUGGAUCCUCUCCAAGAGGCCAAACCUCAACCCAAAGAGGCGCCAGCGGGCCAUUGGCCUGUCUCUGGGGACCCUGCUGGUGUUCGUUGUUUGCUUUGCACCCUACAAUGUGUCACACGUGGUGGGCUACAUUAAAUGGGAGAGUCCCUCUUGGCGUGUGUAUGCACUCUUGUCCAGUACCAUCAAUGCCAGCUUGGACCCCAUCAUCUUCUACUUCUGCUCGUCAGCCCUCAAAGUUACUUUCAGCAAAGUUUUUAAGAGCGAGUGCAGGGGUUUUGCGGCUGGACUUUCCAAUCCAGGACUCAGGACAGGACACCAAGCUCCAAUGACAGCUUAUAAUGAAUAUCCCUCCAAUGAACUGCAUAUCAUAUGUCAGCUCCAGUGGUGUCGUUAG